AUGUGUUCAUAAGAAUAAUAAGAAUCUAAAGCUCUCAGGGAUGAAGUAUCUCCAUCAAUCAGAGAUUUCAUAAUCAAUUUUAGAAAAUAACAAGCAUAAUUAGCAAAACAAAAUGCAUAUCAACAAUCCAUUUAAAAAAGCAUCCCCAUAUAAUAAAUAACACAAUUGCAGUUUACUAGAUAAUCUGUUGAUACUUAAACAGACCGAGUAGAACCAUAGUCAGAUACAUCUUUCAACAGAAAUUCAGUGUAAGUCUCAUAAAGAUAAAAUUCGACAAUUUCUUAAUCGUACUUGACUUCUCGAGAAGUGCAAAAACAAUGCAAUUAUAAUUAAGCAAAACCCACUGAUGAUCUACCAUCAACAAGAGUAAAUUUUCAUCAACUUCAUCAACACUAUCUGUCCACGUAAUCUUAAAAAUCAGAAUUGAGCACUUAUAACAUAUCUCAAUAAUUACCAUUGAUAUAUAGAUCUCCAUAAAAAUGUGAGGGUAAUACUAAUUAUACCUAAAUAACUGAACAAAUCAGAAACAAAGUAAUAUACGAAAUGGAUAAAAAAAACACAGAAAAUAAUUCAUUUUCAUUAUAGCAAUCUUAAUCUAAGUCACUUUCUAGUUAAAAAAUGAAUAAUUUAUCACUUAAUAAUUAAACUGUAUCCUUGACUGUUAUACCACAACCAAAAAGUGAUGAUGAUGAUUCCUUUUUAAAAUUCAUGUAACCAUUUAUAAGUGAUAUUCUCCUAGUUAAAUGAAUCUGGUUAAUAAGAACAAGGUAAAUUAAGAAGAACAAGAAAAUCGACCACCUUAAUAGAGUCUUCUGUAAUACAACUCAAACAUUACAAAGCCUAAAGAACAACAACAUUUAAAAUCGUCAAUAUGUAAAUAAAGAAUUUCAGAAUCCUUAAAUCAGAAUAGUAAAUUUCAAAAUUAUCGAUAGGAGUAAUAAAAAAUAAAAGUAAUAUAAAAACAAAUACAAACAUGAAUACUAAUACUAAUACUAAAUCAAAUGCACAUCAGAGAUUAUAUUAGGAUGCAUGUAUGAGAUAAGAGAGAAAAUCAAUGGCAAUCAGUAAAAGAUGCAGAUAUUGA